GGCAAGAAUACUGUGCCAAGUAGAAUGGAACAGUCUUCUUGUAAAAUAUGCAGUCAGAAUUAUUAUUAUAAUUUGCUGGAAGAGUGUUCCUUUUGAAUUGGUACACUCUUCUCCCAAUAAUAACACAGCUGAUCGUGGGUUGGCACCAUUAAAAGUUAGGUUAUGUUAUGCAUACUUAACAUUAUGACUGACAAUUACUAAUUUUGACAGGAGAUUUUGGUUAAAACAUUAGUACUUUUCGGUUUUCGUUCAUAUCAGAAUGGAAAAUAGAUUAUCUGUAGAAAAAUCCAAUCAAAAAAUGUCAAGAGCCCAAAGAAUAAUUGAGUCGGCUUUAAAACAAAUAUCUCAAGAUGAUGUAUCACAAUCUUAUAAUGAGACAGCUGUUAAUAACAAAAUAGAAAUUUAUGAUGAUGCUACACAAACAAGUGGGUCUACUGAAUUGGCUGCACCUGAUUUAACGGCUGAAUCUCAAAAUGAUAUGUCUUCUAAUUCAGCCAUGCAGGAGGAAAUAAUUACAUCAUGUGAUGAUGACUAUGUUGAUAAUACUUCUGAGGAUGAAAAUUGGGAACCAUUGUCAAAAAAAGCAAGCAACGGUAUUAUAAUAGAGUAUAUUCAAGUGAUUCAGAGGACACAGAUACUUCAUCAGACAGGUUUAGUAGUAAUAUUAAUAAAAAUUGUAAUGCUAGUACUCAUAAUGUAGUUAUAAGUAGUUCUGAUAGUGACAUAGCAGAGACGCCUAAGAAGCGUGUACGGAAAAGGUUUCGUAACGAAUUAAAUUGGAAAAAAACUGCAGCAAAAAUCAAACGCAAUUCAGGAAGUUCGUAUAUUAAUUCAAGUGGUAAAACGAUUGAAGCAAAAUCAUUAAAGCCUCCAUGCAGUAUAAACUGUCGUCUAAAAUGCACUGAGAAGAUUAAUAAUCAAGAACGUCAAAUAAUUUUCAACAACUUCUAUGCUUUACAAGACCUAACACGUCAGAGAGACUGGAUUGUAAGGAAUAUAAAGAAGGUCCAACCAAAAUAUCGGUAUACUAAAGAAGGAAGCAAACGAUCUUAUAAUAACAAUUAUUUUUUUGAAUGUAAUGGUAGUAAAAUACAGGUAUGUAGGCACUUUUUCUUGAACACAUUAGACAUUAGUAAAAGAACUGUUAGUACUGCUUUAGAAAAAUGCAACAAUGAGGGAUUUAUUGAAGGUGAGCGACGUGGUAAGCAUGGGAAACACAUAAAACUUGAUGACAAUUUAUUACAAGGCAUGUUCAAUUUUAUCAAUGCAAUUCCUAGGAUAGAAUCCCAUUAUUUGAGGAAUCAAACUACAAGGGAA